UUUGUAUCAGUGUUUCUCCAUUGAAGCACAAGGCGUCGCUCGAAUCAGUCAGUUUUGUUGUCAUCUGCCACAUUUACAAAUUCGUUUGUUUUUUCACCAAAAUUUUUCUCCGAAAUUCAUAUUAAUUUCCCAUUCUUUUUUAUUUCAAAUUGUGUUGAUUCCAGUGGAUUCAAGAAAUGUCGUACACAAGAAGCCGUAUCUGUUCACUGAGUCGAUAUUACUGGGUUCAUUGACAACUGGAGCUAUCGUGACUGAUAACAUUUAGAUCAAUUAGUGAAGCAAUUAGAUGGUGCUGACAGGUGCAAUGGAGAGACGAAUCAAAUUAAAGACAUUGAAUAGUCACAUAACUUGCAAAAUAUGCAGGGGCUAUUUAAUAGAUGCAACAACAGUUACAGAGUGCUUACACACAUUCUGCAAGAGUUGUCUUGUCAAGCAUCUGGAGGAGAAGAGCACGUGUCCAACAUGUCAAAUUGUUAUUCAUCAGUCACAUCCACUGCAGUACAUAAGUUUCGACAGAACCAUGCAGGAUAUUGUUUACAAACUCGUUCCUGACCUCCAAGAAAAUGAAAUUAAGAGAGAACGAGAAUUCUACAGAGCCAGAGGUCUUGCUUGUCCAAAAGAUGUAUUACCAAAUGCAGGGGAAGUUGAAGAUGAGAAAGCCUCUGCUGAUGCUCAUGCAGAAGCAGAUUAUCACAGAGCCGAUGAGCAGGUCAAUGUUUGCCUCGAAUGUAUAAAUGCCAGUCUGAAAACGCUGAAACGCCGAUUUAUCAGGUGUUCAGCGCAAGCAACCAUCACUCACCUCAAAAAAUUUAUCGCCAAAAAGGUUCUCAAUGGCAUGGAAAAAUAUCGCGAUAUUGAUAUAUUAUGCAAUGAUGAACUCUUAGGUAAAGACCACACGUUAAAGUUUGUUUACGUGACACGAUGGAGGUUUCGAGAUCCGCCCCUGAGGCUACAGUAUCGACCACGUAUAGAUAUCUAAUAACAGAGAAACCUUUAAUACCAAUUUUUUAUUUCUAAUCCACUCCAGAAACAUUGCUUAUUGAAGUGAAACUUAUCAUAUCUGUCUAAUAUCUAUGAGUACUUAUAAUGUGUUGAUAAUAAUUAUUGAGUUCGUAAUGCUAGGAAGAUUGACAAAAUGCAGGAAUUUUUUUUUUUCUGUUAUCGUGUGUAAUUAUUUGAUUGAUCCGUUUUUUAAUGUUUAAUGCGGCUGAUUCGGGGUAAUGGGUAGAAAUGAUAAUUUUCGGUGAACAGAAACAACCCGUUAUCUUAGAGCAUUUGCAGUUCAAGAAAAAAAAACUAUGUGUGAAGCUUGUAUAAAGUAUUUUCUAAGGAACAAAGUAAUUUCAUCGUCAAUGUCAUCGUAAAUUAUUCUAUGAAAUAAAUA